GGUAAUAUCAUUAUACAUAAUGCUAAUUGGAACUUACAAUAUUGGCAAAUUUUAAUUUGGGCAUCAUAUUUAUGAAAUAAAACCAUGAAAAAAUUGUGUUACAGGAUCUUUAAGAAAGUAGCUUUGACACGUUACACAUUAACCGACUAUAUUAAAGAAACUUUGUCUUAAUUCUAAACAUUGACAAUGCAUAAUGUUUUAAUACCAUUUUACUACACUUUAAGUACUCUACAAAAACUAAUGAUCUUUAUAAAAAUAAAGGGAGAUCACACUGAAAACUGACAUAGGUAUCUGUGUAACCUUCAUCACAAUACUAACCAAUUCAAAGGAUAAGCUGAAAGGUCGUAUCCGACAUUGGUUAGUUUGAAGAAAUUAAAAAAUUUAUUCUUUCAGAUUUUACAUGCAAUAUGUAUGUCUCAACUGAUUUACGAUUCGUCAGGAGAGAUUGAUGAACAUUGUGAAGUAGAUUGUGCAUGCUGUAUAGAUAGAAAAUGUGGACAAGGAAGUCAUUAUCCUAACGAAUGUACUCUUGGUUGUAUUGAUGGUUAUACAGGUGCACGAUGUUAUGGAAAAUGUACAUACAACUGCACACGAUGCGAAUAUUAUGCUAAAGAUAUUUGCAUUGCAUGCUAUGACGGAUAUUACCCUGGACCUGCUCGGAACUGUACAUCAAAAUGUUUACCUGGAUGUAAAGCAUGCACGUCAGGAACCACGUGCACAUCAUGUAAGGAGGGAUAUUACAAUACCAGCAAUUUAUGUAAUAGUCUAUGUCCAAGUAACUGUAUCACGUGUUCGUCGAAUACCAGUUGUAUGUCGUGCAAGGAUGGUUAUUAUAACGGUAACCAGAAAGACAACAUUGACCUCCCUUUGUUGAACGACUGUACGUACAAAUGUCGAGAAAACUGUGUGGGAUGUUCGUCCUAUAACAGUUGCUUGGUUUGUAACACUGGUCUUUAUGGACCAAUCUGUGCGGGAAAUUGUUCAGUUGGUUGUAGCGCGGACACUUGCGAUAUACGAACCGGAAACUGUGCAUGCUUUCCUAAUUUUACUGGGGAAAGAUGUGAUAAAUGCAAAACCGGUAAGUACGGAAAAUAUUGCGAUCAACAAUGCCCCAGGACAUGUAAAAAUAACGUGUGUGAAAAAGAUUCCGGAGUUUGUACAGACGGUUGCAUUAUAGACACGAUCAUUGGUGACAAAUGUGAUGUUUGUUCAACAGGCUGGUAUGGGAAACACUGUAACCUAUCUUGUUCAGACGCCAAAUGUGUAACAGGUUGCGAAAUUAAAGAACAAGAUGACCACAUUUGUCGUUCCGUCUCAGAUCAGCAAAUUAAUAUGGUUGCUAUAGUGUUUGGAACUCUUUUUGCUGUGUCAUUUGUGGGUAACAUCAUAUUAGUGGCCUAUUUGAUUCUCCGAAAAUGUCAACAAAGGGUCAACGCCAAGACGGGAGAAGAAAUUUAUGAAAACGCUGGGGUCGAACUAGAAUGUGGAAAUAUAGCAAAUGUUGAGGGCAAUAGAACUGCACAAGGUAUAUUGUAUUUCUUUCCUAGUGUGUAAUUAACUAUUUUAGAUG